AUGCUGCCUCAAGUACCAGAGGAUGACAGUUGCCAGAGCAAUUCACUUGCCAUGCCAGAUAGAAUUAUUUCUAUUCCAUCUCCAAAUCAGAAAACGAGCCUAUGUCAACGAAUGAUUGAUUCAUUUAAACCGGCACUACCCACUACAUCUGUUUCAAUCGAAAUGAAUGAAUUGAAACAAAUAGAGAGUAAUGAUGAUGACGUGAGAAAAGGAGAAACUGGCCUACAUCAAACAUUAACAAAUCGACAUUUACAAAUGAUUGCGAUAGGCGGUUCAAUUGGCACUGGACUCUUUGUUGGGUCGGGAUCUUCUCUUGCUACUGGUGGUCCUGCUGCACUGAUUAUCGAUUAUGUUGUUAUUGGUUUUAUGCUCUUCAAUGUAUCUAUGGCAUUAGGAGAACUCAGCGUCGUCUUUCCUGUUUCCGGCUCAUUUUCAACUCUUAGCACACGUUUUCUUGAUCCAGCUUGGGGAUUCGCUAUGGGUUGGAAUUAUGCUCUAAAUUGGUUAGUUGUCAUGCCACUGGAAUUAACAGCAGCUGGAUUAGUUGUCGGCUACUGGACCACAUCUGUGAACAUAGCUGUUUGGAUUAGUAUUCUUUUGGUUGCACUUCUAAUUGUUAAUUUAUUCGGCGUUCGAGGUUAUGGUGAAAUUGAAUUCUUUAUUUCUAUUAUUAAAGUGAUUGCUAUCGUUGGUUUCAUUAUUCUUGGUAUUGUUCUUAUAUUUGGAGGUGGACCAAAUCAUGAAUACAUAGGUGGAAAAUAUUGGAAAAACCCAGGUGCGUUCGCUAAUGGAUUUCAAGGAAUAUGUACGGUCUUCGUUACUGCAGCCUUUGCUUUUGCUGGGACCGAACUGGUUGGAUUAGCAGCGGCAGAAACAGACAAUCCAAAAGAAACCAUUCCACGUGCCACAAAACAAGUCUUUUGGCGAGUCACAUUAUUUUAUAUUGUGUCAUUAACAAUCAUCGGCUGUUUGGUUCCCUAUACAUCUUCACGUCUUCUUAAUGGAUCGUCAAGUUAUGAUGCAUCAGCAUCACCUUUCGUAAUUGCUAUUGAAGAUGCUGGAAUUAAAGUAUUACCUUCUAUAUUUAAUGCUGUUAUUCUCUGUGCUGUUCUUUCCGUAGCUAAUUCUUCUGUUUAUGGAGCAUCUCGAACAUUAUGUGCACUUGCUGAGUGUGGUCAGGCACCUAAGAUACUUGCUUAUAUUGAUCGUAAGGGCCGUCCACUCUCUUCUAUCAUUAUAUCAAUGUUACUAGGGUGUAUCGCUUAUAUAAAUUGUGGAAAAGUUGGCUCUCAGGUGUUUAAUUGGUUAGUGGCAAUUUCUGGUUUAUCAUCAUUUUUCACAUGGGGUUCCAUAUGCGCAUGUCAUAUAAUGUUUCGAUUAGCAUGGACCUCACAAGGUCAUUCAUUGAAAGAGCUCCCUUUCGUAGCACCUUUUGGAGUGAUUGGCAGUUAUUUUGGCCUUUUACUCAAUAUCAUAUGUCUUGUAGCUCAAUUUUAUGUAGCUCUGUUUCCAGUAGAUGGUUCGCCGAAUGCUGAGGCUUUUUUCGAAGCUUAUCUGGCUGCUCCCAUUGUAAUUGCAUCAUAUCUGGUAUGGAAAAUAUGGCAGAAAACAUCUUUUCAGCGACCCAGCACCGUAGAUCUCGAGACCGGCCGGCGUUUAUUCGAUACACAACAGAGCGCCGAGGAAGAAAAGGCUCAACGUAAAACAUGGUCUCUGUGGAAAAGAUUAUACUAUAAAUUGUGCUAA